GGCCCCGGGAAGUGUGGGCUCUGAGGUUGCUUCGUGGGCUGGGUUUGCCUAACUGGGCCGUGGGGUGUGCGUGCGUUUAUCACGGCGGAGUGUGAGGCGCGGUGGGACUGAAAUGUAGGGACAGGAACAGACGCCAGCCAGCCAGUGGGUCCGCGACGGCCUGACGGGGAGUGGACGUGCGUCAAGGCGGUUCGCCGUCGUUGACGAGGUUGCAGGCGGACGUGUCCGACUCCGGCGGCAUCGACGGCAUAGAGGACGAGCCGGCGCCGGCAGAAGACAGAAGAAGGCUCUUCGAAAGAGGUGGUCUCUGGUGUUCACAUUUUUGUUUUGCUCGAUCGAUCUGUGGCAAUGUUGAUUGAUGCUAGUUUUGCUGCCAUAAACAGCAUUCGAUUCCUACGUGUUCUUCCUGAUCUUUGCAUUUCUGUCAUCUCAACGAUAGGUGAAGAGCGCGGAGGGGGGCAAUGGGGAAGAAGGUGAGGUGGUUUGACGCCGUGCAGAGGAUCCUGAGCCCGUCGGAACCUGAUCGCGACGAGAAGGAAGACAAGCAGUCGACGCAAAUGACCGAUCCGCAUCGAUGUUUCCGAUCCAAGAAGCCGGCCGAGAGACCGACGAGUAAAUCGAGCUUCAAGAAGCUAUGGCAGUUCGGCAAGUCCAGCACGUCCACUUCUUCUUCCUCCGCGGCGCCGGAGGCUGCUCCCGCGGCCCAUCAGCAGCCUCCUCCGCAGCCCGAUCAGCAGGAUGCUGUGGAGGCCAAAUCCGCCGGAACGACGAGCGAGCAAAACGAUGGUGGACUCCAAGUCGCAGCGCUCGCCGCACCGGUGGCGCAGCAGCAGCCGGCAGCGGCCACGGCCGUCGUCACGCCGAGACCGCCCGCGCGGUCGAAGGAGGAGCUUGCCGCCAUCAGGAUUCAGACGGCUUGCAGGGGCUACCUGGUAAGGAAGGGGUACAAGGCGAGAGCACAGGCUCGGCUGAUGUCGCUGCUGGAGGGGGUCGCCGUGAAGCGCCAGACAGAGGACGCGCUGUACAGCAUGCAGGCGAUGACGAGGGUUCAGACCCAGAUAUACGCCAGGAGGGUCAACAAGGACAAGGCUCUCAAGAGUCAGGCCCAGCCUAAGCAAGGGCCUGACAAAACCAAGAUUGGUGAAGUCUGGGAUCACACUCACCAGUCCAAGGAGCAGAUCGAGGCCACGCUCGCGACGAAGCAGGAGGCCGCGUCGAGGCGGCAGAGGGCCCUGUCGUACGCGCUCUCUCACCAGUGGAGGAACAGGAGCCCCUCUUCUUCAUCUUCCUCGGGGAGAGGGAGAGCGACACCCACGCUGUCGCACCCUCCGACGUUCAUGGACCCCGGCUGCCCCAACUGGGGCUGGAGCUGGGCGGAGCGCUGUAUGGCGGCGUCCAGGCCGUGGGAGAGCCAGACCGCGCCGCCGGACGUCAAGGACCGCGCUGCUCCCGGGAAGAGCGCCGGCCGGGCCGCCAGCCCGAGGGUGUCCAUCUCGGUCCAGAUUCCCACCACGCUGACGGGCAGGUCCGCUCGGCCGGCCGGCCGGUCGUCGCCGUCGACCCCGACGCAGUCGCGGUCCCCCUCGGCGCUGGGGAAGACGGUCGCGUCGCCCCGGCGGGCUCCGAGCCCGAGGGGUAGCCCGUUCAACAAGUCGGGAAGCAUGCUGUCGGAGCGCCCGAGGAGCAGCCAGGAGCACCUGGCGGCAAGCAGUGGCGGCGGUGGCGACGAGAAGGAGGCCUCGCUGCGGCGGACGACGAGCUUGCGGUCGGGGGAGCAGCCGAGGAAGCUGAGCCUGGGAACGAGAGAGGCGGACGCAGGCGAGACGGGCGACGCGCCGGUGACGCCCAGCUACAUGCAGGCGACCAAGUCCGUGAAGGCCAAGGCCCGGUGCGCGAGCCCCGCGGCGGCCGACAAGGCCGAGCUCCCCGAAAGGGCGCCUCUGGUGUCCUCGCCGUCGAUGAAGAGGCGCCCGUCGCCGGAGUUCGCGGAGAAACAAGGGGUGUCGUCGCCGAGGACGCCAAGGACGCCGAGCACGCCGAGCAAGGCGAAGCCGGAGAUCAGGACGAAGCGGCCUCCCAGCCCGAGGCUCUAGCUCGCCGGGCUUGCGUAUAUCCACGGUGGCAGCACGAUAACUGUAUGAGGUUUUCUUAUUUUGUUGCCUAGUUUCGAAUUUGUAAUCUAGCGUUUUUGGUCAUUUUUGUUUUCGAAUUUGUAAAUUAGCGCGUUCGGUACAAAUUUAUCCUUUUGAGUUGGCUAACGCUGGUCUAAAGACUCUUUCUAUCUUUGUGAAUGUAUUACUUAAAAUGCAUGAUUUUUUAGAUGAUGAUUUUAAAUGCAAGCUUGUGAGUGGAUUUUGUACCCAACGUGCAUGGAUCCGCUAUCCACGUUAGAUGUGUCCGCCGAGUUUUUCUUGAUUAAUCGAAGUAUAGUAUUAUAUUACUAUAUUUUGCCAUAUUUUCUCUCAAUGGAUAGUCUCUAUUCUUAAUAGACGACUUGGU